AUGGCAUCGAAGAUAGAAAGGAUAGAGGAUAAUGUCUCAGAGUCCGGAGAUCCAUCUGCAUUUCUGAACAAACGCUGCAAUGUACGGAAGGUUUACAAUGUUGUCAAAGCAAAGCUUCAUGCUCGAAAACUAGGAGCAUCGUUUAUGCGGUAUGGAUGCUUUUUAGCAAUCUACAUAGCAGUGGUUCUGGAUCAGAAAAAUGCGACAGUCAAGCAAUCCCUGGAUAAUGCGUUCGACACAUACUUUGUGAAAGCAACUUUCCGAGAUCCAUCUUCUCUCGAAUUUAAAGGAUGGUAUGACAUCGUCACCAUUGACGAUUUCUGGAAUUGGACGUGUCCGAUCUUACGCAAGUAUCUUGAAUUCAUGCCACACUGCACCUAUGAGUUAUAUGCCAGCGGCACUGUGGGCAAAGUCAAUCGGUCAACAUUCAUUGGCGCGAGGGGCGAAGUAUUUCGAUACGACGAAAGGCCUGCUGUUUUCCCUUAUCAGGACUUUGGGUACUUUGAAACCUUUCCGAGGAAUCAGAGUCUCGCUCUACAGAGGCUGCUCGAGUUGAAGUCACAGAGAUGGAUUGACGCUCAGACAAAAUAUUAUCGAUUGGAUUUCGUAUCUUUGAAUACCAACGUGGGGCUAUUCACGUAUGUGAAGCUAGUUGCAAGAUUCAGCAACACAGGAUCGAUUCUUCUUAGUCAUGAUAUUUCAAAUCUUCCGGCGUCAACAUACCGAACCUCUCGUCAAAAACUGAGGUUUGCCGGUGAAAUCAUCCUGAUUCUUUUAUGGUCAUUGUACGUCCUACACGAAAUAAAGGUGAUUAGGGAGAGGUCAAGAGAAAAGGACAGUCUGGCGAAUGCCUUGUAUCAAAGUGCAAAGCGGCUAUCAACUCUGCAGCUCUUGAUCUUUGCCUGUAUUAUAGCAAUGUGGGCCACAAUUGUGCGAGAGCUCGAAUCUAAGUACUCCAACCUGAUCAUCACAAGCCACGCCAUUACCACCAAGAACCCGCCGAAUCAACCUCCAGACUUUUUUUAUGUCAUUGCUCUGGUGGAUGCCUAUUUCAUCUUGAACGGCAUCAAUAUGCUCUUGUCUUUCUUUCGAUGUAUCGAGUACUUGGAAUUCAAUUAUUCUCUUUCUCGAUUGACGGAAACAUUCAAGUUCAUGAGGAAAACUUUGCCGCAAUUCCUUUUGAUCUUCUGCAUAGUUGUCCUUUCUUUUAUGCUAAUGAGUCAUCUCAUGUUUGGAUCGAAGUUGGCGAUGUUCUCAUCUUUUGGAUCGGCACUGUCAGGAAUCUUCUCAGUGUUGAUUGGUGACAUCAAUUACUUUCAGCUCAUGGACGCGGACUCGGUGGCAGCGCCCAUCUUCUUCUAUCCGCUUCUGUUUGUGAUGAUCUUCGUGGUUUUGAAUCUCGUGAUUGCAAUUAUCAUCGAUGCUCAUGUGGCGAUGACGGCUGAGAAGGAUGUUGCUCUCCGCUCAUGGAUGAAAGAUGUUGUCGACUUGCCCCUUACCACGCAGCUCUGGGAUGGUGUCCUUCAUUACCUGGAGCCGAUUCGCUUCCUGUUGCCACAUGCUCUGUCCGCUAGGUACGAUCGAGUGAGCAAGGAGAACAUCAUCGACGCCUUCAACGUCUUGGAAGGGAUUGAACUUCCCAGUCAUGACAAAUCACAAGUCAACCUCGAACGUAUCUCUCUCAUGGACUUGCGGCUGCUUCUUCGGGAUCGCAACAUCACCGAGCAGAGGCUGGCUUCGAUCUUCGAGCAUUAUGGAGCAUGGGCUGAGGAGGAGGAGCCGGUGGAUACUGAGAAACUUGCAGAUACUGACAAAUUGGCGUAUGCUGAGUUGCUACAAGAGGCCACGAGUGAGAUCGAGAAGCUGUUGUCAGAGAUCCAAGCCUCCAUGCAGUUUUCUCAAGACCUGCAGAAGGAGGCUGAAGAGCAGCUGGACUUGCUUAUUGACGCUCACAUCUGA